AUGUCUGCCCGGGCUCUGUGUCAAGGUCGCCCGGCGAUACGCAAGGCUCUUCUUCCCUCAGCAGACCUUGGACUCGGACGUGCAAAUACUGUCCCAAGUGGUCUACGUUCAUUCCACAGCUCUCCUAUCCUGAAGAAGAAGAAAGACAAGGGCAAGAACGGGGGCGAAGCUACUGAAGCUUCAUCGAAAGCGGACGCAGCAAACGUCGAUCCUUCCGACCUUUCACAGCUACACGACGGCAUACGCGAUGCUGUGAGUCGGCUAAAAAAUGAUGUCUCGAAAUUACGUUCCGGUGGAAGAUUCAACCCAGAGGCGCUCGAAAAUCUUCGUGUCCAUAUCGUGAAGGGAGCCAAGGAAACGAUCAAACUGGGCCAGUUGGCUCAAGUUGUUCCCAAAGGUGGUCGAAUCGUCACCGUCCUUGUGGGUGAAGAAGACCAUGUCAAACCGACAAUGUCGGCCAUCAUAGCCUCUGACCUCUCGUUGACGCCGCAACAAGAUUCUCGCAACCCUCUCCAGCUCAAUAUUACCAUACCCCCGCCGACAAAGGAAUCUCGUGAGCAGACGGUGCAGGUCGCCAAGGCUGCAGCGGACAAGGCAGCCAGUGCGAUUCGCAACGCAAGAGGCGCAGUCCAUAAGCGAUUACAGGAGAUGCAGAAGAAGAAGCUAGCCAGACCGGAUGACAUCCGAAAGGCACAUGAUGAAAUGGAGAAAGUACAAGAAAAGGGUCAAAAGGAGGUCAGGGAUAUUUUCGAGGCAACGAAGAAGGCCCUUGAACAGGCUUGA